GGGGACGUCGGCAAGACGCGUCCAGAGUCCCGUGAAUGACUGCCGCUGCCCGUCGUUGUGUGACAUUGUGACCGGGCAAAACUCAUCGGAACCAGAACCGAAACGGCUCGGAUACGCGUCUGGAAACGCUGGGAAGGACGGGACGCAGGAACCGGGAGAUGCGUCACAGCGGCCGGUGGGUUUUACGCACAGAGAAUCUGCGAGGCGCACCGCUCACUUUCAUGAGGGUUACAAAACAGUUUGGCCGCUCUGCCGUCAGCGUGUGAAAUCCAGCCUGCCUGCCUGCCUGACCUACAUGCAACGAGUUUCCUCAGCCCUGCGAUAGACGCGUCUGACCUUAAGGCGUAAGAGAACCAGAAAGACUCUUAGCGAGCAGGUGGAUCUCCUCCCCGCAUGAUGUACACAAUCACAAGAGGUCCCAGCAAGCUGGUCACGCAGAGACGGACAGGCCCCACGCAGCAGCUGGAGAGCAAAAUAAACGACUUCAAGCACAAACAGACGUCCUGGAACAUGCCAGACCUUCCCGCACCCAAGAUAGUUUUCAGCCGCCUGAACGGGAAGAAGCACCAUCCGCCCGCGCAGACGCUCCCCGCGGACAGCAGGCCUGAAGAGGCCUUCUCCCCCGAGCAUGAGGAAAAUGUGAAGUUUGUCUCUGGGGCCUGGCAGGAGGUGGUUCGGCACGAGGAAGGUCAAGGACUGAAACAUUGCCAGGCAGCAGUUUACUACAAAGAAACUUCUCCUGGGCCGAACAUGGACAGCUUCGUGCCCAUAGAUCUGGAUGAAUGGUGGGCCCAGCGCUUCUUGGCUAACAUCGACAAGAUGUCUUGACGAUGUCGGCGGACUGGAUCAGAUGCUCUCGGCCAGUCAGGAGGUGAGAACUGAGGAACGGCUCACCAGGGGGGAGAGGAAGCCGGCUCUGUGGAGCGUAAUGGAUCAGAACCGCCUCGGCGUGGUUAAAGUGGACUGACGGCGCUGGGACGCCGAGCCCAAAGCUGCUGGGAACUACUUCGCUGUGUCUGGCAGACUGAAUGCAGGAUGAGGCGUUGUUGGUGGUCACAGCAGAGACGGUUUGAAUGCAGUAAAGUUGUUUUUUUCCAAGA